AACCAAUCCUUAUCUUUAAACCCCUAACCCACACUCGUAGACACUCUUACGACGCCGUUUCGCACCCCGUCUUCCACCUCCUACCGCAUCGUUAUCUGCAAAAAUCUCCAUUGAAGAACAAACCCCUUAAUUUAAUUCCAUAAAAAUGGAAACUUUAACACUUUCCUCAAUCUCUUCAACCACUCGAUUCAACACAACAAAUUUACAUCUUUCUUCAUUCUCCCCAAUUUCAUUUCCAUCUUCUAGUUUUUCAACAUCAUUAAGAACGAACAGAAGAACCUUAAUUUUAUCAAAAUCGGCAUCUGAAGAGACCGAAAUCACCGCCGUUGAAGACGACUGGCUUAAGAAUUUGCCCGACAAGAAGAAGCCGUUGUACUCGCACAGCUUGCCUUGCAUCGAGGGAUGGUUGAAGCAAUUAGGGUUUUUUCAGAAGAGUGAUGAUAGAGCUGUUUGGUUUAUUGAAAAAACUGAGUGGCAUGCAAAACUGUCGCUUGAUUUAACAGACCUUUAUAUCAGGUACUUAAAGAGCGGGCCAGGAAAUCUUGAUAAAGACGUCGAGAGGAGAUUUAGCUAUGCAUUAAGUAGAGAAGAUAUUGAGAACGCUAUACUUGGGGGACCUUGAGUUCACCCGCGAUUGAAGUAUAGGAAGUCAUUGUAUACACGAUUCAGGAUCUUUCCCUCAACCGGCUAACAUAUCUCCCUAUAGACCGAUCUUUGGAUUCGAAACUUUUUGAAGAAGAUAACAAAAUGGUCUUAUUGGGAACCCCACUAGGCCUAGCCCAAAGUCAACCAUCCUUGUUCACUAUUUCUUGAUCUCUUUCACCAACUCAAAAUAAAAGGGAAU